AUGGAUUCGCGCAUGCCGCUGGGCGACGGCACGAGCAUGCCCGUCAUCGGCUUCGGCACGUACCAGGUCAAGAACGAGGACGUCGGCGCCUGCGUGACGCUCGCCCUCGACAACCAGUACCCCCACAUCGACACGGCGGAGGGCUACGACAACGAAGCGGGCGUCGGCGCGGCGCUGGCGGGGAAGCCUCCGAUCUACAUCACCACAAAAUUGUGGCCCGGCAACCCGGACUGGGGCCAGACGCCCAAGACCUACGAGACGACCGUGGCCGCGUGCAAAGCCUCGAAGGAGAAGCUCGGCGCGACGCCGGACCUCUACCUCAUCCACGGACCGUUCAGCGGCGGCCCCGAGACGCGGCUCGCGCAGUGGCGCGCGUGCGUCGACUGCAAGAAGGAGGGCGUCGUCAAGAGCAUCGGCGUCUCGAACUUCGGCGUCCGCCACCUCGAGGAGCUCGAGGCCGCGGGGCUCGAGCGGCCCGCGGCGAACCAGCUGGAGAUCCAUCCCUACUGCCAGCAGCCGGAACUUCUGGCCUACAUGAAACGCAAAAACAUCGCGUGCAUCGCCUACUCUUCGUUGAUGCCGCUCGCGAACUGGCGGGAAGGCAUGCAGUCCGCGAAGGCCGACCGCACGGAGGACCCGGUCAUCGCCGCGGCCGCGGCGAAGCUCGGCGUGAGCCAGGCGCAGGUGCUGCUGCGGUGGGCGCUCCAGAAGGGCUACGCGAUCCUGCCCAAGUCGACGUCCGAAGCCCGCGUCAAGGCCAACUGCGACCUCUUCGGCUUCAGUAUCGACGACGCCACCAUGGCCGCGCUCGACGGCCUCAACAAAAACGAGCCGCGGGCCUUUGGGAAGCCCGGGAGUCCGUAUGACCCGACAGCGGCGCCGUAA